UGGCCGAUGUCGCCUGUGGCCCUACCCAGCCUGCACACGUUACCCGGCGGAUAUACCAGGAAUUUCUUCAACGCAAUCAAAACACACCACCUGUGCUCAGCACCCCCGACCUAGUGCCAAUCUUACCACUGCCAUUCGACGGCCAAUCUCUGCAGGAUUCGUGUACCUAAUGCCAUGUACCUUCGCUUCGGGCCUUUGUGCGAAAAGAGUCGAAAAUGGUGGCUGUUUUCCGACGUGCCCCAUCUCCCAGACGCCGAGUCCGACUUCAACAUCUGAUUCCCGACUCAAGGCAGUCCAUCUGCCCGGCAAGAUCGCACUCAUGUCCCGAUGCCUU